AUGAGCAAUGGAAGACUUCCUUCAUCUUCAAAACUGCCACUUCCGCCAGCUACUAUACCAGUGGACCCAGAGAAUAUAGUCGAAGUAUUUGUCGCUGACUAUAAUGGCCUGGCUUUACCAGUCUAUGUUCCAGUAGGGACUAAUCUGGUGGAUCUGUUAGAUGCCGCAUUCGAAAGACCAACUUUUGGGAAAGGAAGUUUUCUAGGCUUUGAAGAUGUGAAUUUGCGGUUGGAUGAUCCUGUGACGGCAGCCGAUGCAACAAGAUGGACGGCCGAUGAACCACUCCGAUUGAAAUUCAAGGUAAGAACAAGCAUCUAUUAG